AAAGAGGGGAAGAAACAGGAAUUUGCUAAUGUAGAAUUGCCGUCUGGAUCCUGGAACAUUGUGGUGGAUUUGCAGAUACAUUCAGCGUGAGAACGAGGCCCGUACUCUGUUCUUCCGAAGGAACAGGCCCAUCUGGAAAGAGCGAAGCCCACGAACAAUCCACCAUGCCCGAGCCCUCCACUGCCAACGGUUAUGAGAAACCACUGAAGCUCCCCCCAAUUUCAAAACAUUUGAAAUCUCUCUCUCUUUCUCUCUCGCUCUCUCUCUUUCUACCCUUUUCUACGAGCACGCAGGGACGCUCAACGUCGCCGAUGGAGGACGCACAGAUCCAGAACGUGGACCCGGAAACGGCGUUCCUGGCCUCGAAGCGGCAGACCGGCAACGAGUGGGAGCUGUUCAAGGAGAACGUGAGGCCCCUGAAGAGGGGUCGCAACGUCAACCUCCUCAACGACGCCCUCAAGUCCCACACCGACAACCACCUCAAGAAAUCCCUCCUCGACAAGCGAAGGAAGUUGAUCGAGGCGAUUGAUGAGUACAAAGGGGACGAUCCUCUACAAUCAUGGCUUGAGUGUAUCAAGUGGGUUCAAGAGGCGUUUCCCCCGGGUGGCGACUGCUCGGGGCUACUUGUGAUAUAUGAGCAAUGUGUUCGUGCCUUUUGGCAUUCGGACCGCUACAAAGACGAUCUCCGCUAUCUUAAAGUUUGGCUGGAAUAUGCUGACAACUGCAGUGAUGCAGAAGUUAUAUACAACUUUCUGGAUGCCAAUGAGAUUGGGAAGCCACAUUCUCUGUUCUACAUAUCUUAUGCUUUGCACAUGGAAUCCAAGAAUAAGGUGAAAGCGGCUAAUGAAGUUUUGAAUCUCGGCAUAUCGAGGAAUGCUCAACCAAUUAAAAAGUUGGAGGAUGCUUACAGAAAGUUUUUGGCACGCUCAAUGAGAAGACCAUUAGCUGUAGAUGAGGAAAAAGCGGAGAAUGGGCCACCGGCACGAAGUUUUGGAACUGUCCUGGCAAAAGGAGAAAACACAAGGCAGGCUACAUCAAGUUCCGAUCUUGCCAGCAGGAAACAGAAGGCUGAGAGGGUUCUAUUGCCCAUUUAUAAGGAUACGAAUGUGGAUAAGUCCUCGAGUCAUCAGCCCGAUAUGUCAAAGAAGGAACCAAAUUUCUGGAAUAGCCUUGGAGGUCGAGCAGAGAGAAACAAAGAGAACAAUGCACAACCUGUUAAAUGGACAUCCUACAAGAUACCCCAGAAACUUGGGCAGAGGACUGGAGUGGCUGCAGCUGGUACCUGUAUAGAGGUGUUUGUUGAUGAAGAAUGUGCAGAGACGGGCAAAGGUGGAGGCAAAUCAUCAACCUUGGAGCUCAGGCAAGGCGAUGGCAAGGACCUUAAAAAGGAAACGGACCUACUCAGAGAGAACCCGUUGCGCAAUUUCCCUCCCAACAGUCUUCCCAGGUGAUCAGACCGGCAAAUGUGAGGCGUGUUGUACACUAUGCAUACGUUGGGGUCAGCUUUUACCUCUAAGGCUGAUUCAAAAUGGAUUCUGGACAUCCAUUUUCAAUUUUUUUCCCUUAUUAAUGUUUGUAAGCAGUCGAGCAAGCACACAUCCGUGCUGUCGAACGUAAUGUCUGUUGUCAAUGUUGCAUUUGGAUAGGCGAAGGAUGUUUAGCCCUCCACAUGCUGUUGCAUUCUUGUGACCAGGACCGAUGGUUUGAAUUGGUUGAAUGCAGUUUAUUCCCUCUUUUUUCUCCUUCCCAUUA